AUGGCCGAAUCAUGGAACAGCAUUCGUCAGAGGAUUCAAGAGUACUGUGCCGGACUAUCAUUGAUUUCGAACGGAUACUUACUAGUACUCAUCAAGUACAAAUCUCCGCCACAACUUGGUUAUUAUAAAUAUUUGAUGAUGUACAUUGCGAUAUUUGAAAUCCUCUAUUCAGCGGUAGAUUAUUUCGCAAAACCUAUCAUUUUAUCAUAUAAAUCAAUUUAUAUCGUGUUUAUCGAUGUCAAGAAUUCAAUAUUUUGUCGAGAUUUCAAUGUAUUUCUAAAUGAUUUUUUUUGUGGAUUGUUUGGAUUCUCAAUGGCCAUAUUUGGCAUAAACUUUAUUUAUCGAUAUGCAGUGACAAAUAGCGUAAUCUUCAAAAAAUACUUCAGCAAUCGUUUCAUAUGUGGUUGGUUUUCGAUUCCGGUGUUUUAUUGCCUUUUAUGGAUGCUAACUACGCAUUCGACUUUGGGACCAUGGGAUCAAUUCACCGAAUUUAUUAGAGAGCCCGUUCAUCAAAAGUUCAAAAUCAAUGUCGAUGACAUUGUCUACAUUGGCGCAUAUUAUUUUCCGCUAGAUGAAAAUGGAAACCAAUAUCUCAAUUAUUAUACCCUAUUUGGAAUGUUGAUACUAACAUUGAUGACGACGAGCUCAAUGUUCUGUGUUUUCUGGUUUGGCCAAAAAUGCUACUGUCAAAUCCACGAGCUUGCACAUGUUGUGAACUCGAAGACGACGAAACGUCUGCAGAGGCAGCUAUUGAAUGCUCUAGUUGUGCAAACCCUAAUUCCUGUUGUCCUUAUGUACAUACCGAUCACAUUCCUCUUCUCUGCCCCAUACUUUGAACAGAGUUUCGAGUUCGGCUCGUGCUGCAUCAACAUUACAGUCGCCGUUUAUCCCGCUAUCGACGCAUUCCCCACAUUGUUCAUCAUAGCAAAAUAUCGGAAUGUGACUCUAAGCUUCUUCAAAAAUGUGCGCAAAUCGUUUGCCACGAAGUUUUUGAGCCUUCAACUGAGCAAUAUAGCCAGUUCUGGAAAUCAAAUUUAA